AUGGAUGCCUCGGUUAUGGCAUCAGUGAGUCUUAAACCGAGUUUCAGUAGCUUCGAAAAGAAUCCAGGGUUUAGCAGAGGUGGUGAUGUCCCUUCGCUUGCUAGGGUUCCUUCUUCGUUCAAGGUUGAAGCCAGUAAAGUCGCGAAGAAGAUCAACACUGACAAGCCUUAUGGAAUUAAUGUCGACUUGAAGUUGAAGGACGGGGUUGAUGCUUCUCGGAGAAGAGCUAAGGAAAAGGGUGUUUACCAGUAUGUUAACAAGUAUGGUGCCAAUGUCGAUGGCUACAGCCCUAUCUACGACCCCAAUGACUGGUCUCCCGCCGGGGAUGUUUACGUUGCAGGGAAAACCGGGUUGGUGAUAUGGGCGGUUACCCUAGCCGGAAUUCUCGCCGGAGGAGCUCUUCUGGUUUACAACACAAGUGCUUUGGCACAAUAGAUACCAAUCUCUGUUUGUAAUACUACUUGUGUUAUUGUCUCUAAGAUGUAAUUAUGUUCUAAUC